AUGUAUCGAUACUUUGUAGCACUGUUAUUGAUCUUCUCCUCAGAAGUUGUAACUUCGAACAAUGUUAAAACAGUGUUCGAUCCCACAGCUAUCAGAACUUUCACAAUGCCUGACUCCUGCAAAAGUAAGGGCUUGGAGUUCUGUUUCGACAAUGAAAACUACCCCGUGGACAUAGUUGAAGACGUUUUGAAGGAUAUGACCAACUGGGUGGUUUCCAACGAUAACGCAGGGCCUAUACCGUCCUACUCCGACCGACAAGGAGGCUCUUCUGAUGAAGACGACUGUCGUAGCAACUCAAAAAACGAUAGCAUUUAUUACAUCGUUGAUGAGGCCGGCAACGAUCGAGUGGUUGUACAGUUAGAAGGAAAGUUUGAGCAACGGUUUAGCGUCACGUGGUGCGACGAAGAGGGUCCAAUUUCAACCAGAACUACACACUUUUUAAAAUCAAUGGUGACAAAGUAUCAAUUGUCAUGCCAUAAUAAAUACAUGAACUACGACUUUCUAGUCCUAAGCUCAGAACCUAAUAUGAGCGGCAAGUGGAAGCUGGAGAGAGUGAAAACCAAGACUGGUAUUCCUGUGUGCUGUGCAUGCAGAUAUGAAAAAGAAUAG